AUGCUGGGUGACGGGAGCAGGUGGAGCAGUUUAGCCUUCACAAGCGUUUUCUCCCCGGCUUUGGUGAUCUGCCCUGGAGUGCUCCCCUCUGCUGCCCGCAGGCCCACCCAGCUGGAGCUUGCCAUGGACAUCAGGAUUAGAACCUUCCACUGCUACUCCUGCAGAAGGAGACAGGUUCAAGCUCAACAAGGGGAGCUGAAGAUGCACCUGCAGCAAGAGCUCACGGAAGUCCUCUCGUGCCAGAAGGAUCCCGAGUUGGUUGAUAAGAUAAUGCAGGACCUGGAUGCCAAUAAGGACAACAAAGUGGAUUUUAAUGAAUUUGUGGUCAUGGUGGCAGCUCUGACGGUUGCUUGUAAUGAUUACUUUGUAGAACAAUUGAAGAAGAAAUGAAAGUAAAGACAAGUAGUAAGAUUAUCUAAAGGCUGAAAUAUAUCCAUAGUUACUUAUUGUUCGUCUAUUUCUUCCAGAGCCAUAGUCACAGUAAUGCCAUUUAUAAGUAUAAUAUACAUGUAUUAUAAUCAGUUGCUAGGAUUAUUAGGUGAUGUAUAUGUUAAUAAAUUGAUUUGGAAUAAAUAUUCCAAAUCUUGUAUGCCCUACUUGGAAUUUUCCUAUGUGUAUGGAAUUUUCCUAUUUUUAUUGAAGUGUAGUUGGCUUUCAAUGUUGUGAUAGUUUGAGGUCUAUAUCAAAGUGAUUCAGCUAUAUAUAUGUGUGUGUGUGUACAUAUAUAUUCAGAUAUAUAUAUAUAUAUAUAUAUAGAUACACACUUCUAUAUCUUUUUCAAUUUUUUCCAAUAAAGGUUUUACAAGAU